CGCAUGAUGAGUUACCUUAUUUCUUUUCAUAAAUUAUGGACUUCUUGCAGCAUCCAGAUCUAAAGGUAACAUCUGAAGAAAGGGUUCUAGAUGCAAUUUUGAUGUGGUGCAUGAAAGCCGAAAAUUUGUGUGGGUGGGGGUGUGAGUGAGCUAAUGAUAAACUCAACUUCAGAAAGUCUGUUCAAGGGUACGCUUCAACCAGUUAAUGACUUGCUUCCAUCAGUGCAGUUUUCUUUACUGCCAUGUCCCCUGCUUAAGGAGGUAAGAAAAGCCUGGACCUUAGGAUAUGUAUCCAGCAGAAUGUUAAGAAUAUGACAAUGGCCCAACUAUCAACUACAAUUUUUUUUCAAUGAUGUUGAUGUUAGAAAAUAACAAUCUAAGGAGGCGGAUUUCUACUUUUGGUGAUCUUGAGCGGGAGAGGGAUCACAUUUCUCAGUUUAUAACAGAAGGUUUUACAUCUUACUACGACAGGAAAAGAAGAGAUAAGGUCUAUGGGAACAAUGUGGAGAUUCAAGCCUUAUUAGAAAUGUAUAAGAGGCCUAUUCAUGUCUAUUCCUACAGCAUAGAACCUAUCAACAUAUUUCAUGGAAGCUAUAAUAUUGACCCACUUCCCAUAAGGCUGAGCUACCAUCAUGGGAAUCAUUACAACUCUCUUGUUGACCUUCGUCGAUUGACAAUUGGUGCUGGACGUGGUUUUAGCUGUCUUUGAGGGGUGUCUACAUUUCUUUCUCACAUGUUCCUUUUUUUCACUUUCUUGCUUCUUUGACACUUGGUUAGAGCAUGCUUUUGGCUAUCUCGUGUUAAGAAACUGAAUUCGUAUGAGGGGCUUAGAUGGCAAAAUUUUUGCAACUUGAAAGGAGUUUGAAUAAGUCAGAAUAUCAAAGUGGAUUUAUUUUGCUGACUGUGUUUGGCUGUGCAGGCAAAUGUGGACAAGCAUCAAGUCAAGGCUGCUAUUAAAGCUCAACAAGACCAACAGAUUGAUAAUGCAAGUAUUUUGAUAAUUUGAGAUUAAAUUUUCAUUCGUUUUUUGGGAUGAUAUGUUAUUAACAGAAGCUUUCCUUCUCUUUGAUGCUUGGGUGUCCUAAACUGACUAGUCUCUUUCUUCGGGUAUGGUUAUGGUUUCUUUUUGUUUUAUUGGUUGCUCUUUGGAAGUUUCGAAGCUUGGCUGUCCUGGAUGUUUAAUAUUUUAGGUCCUUUUUUCGGACCCGUGUUCUGGUGCUUUUCCAUUAGGAGUGUAUUGUUAAAGACGCUUGGAUUUUGCCCCGUAAGCUUUUGUGACCGAUUUAUUUGCAAGUAUAGGAUUUCAAACAAGGAAGCACUACAAGCAGGUGAACCUUACUGGAAUGCUGCUUAAUGCCUAGCAAUGGCUUCAUCAAGUGGAGUUUCUUUUUUGGCCUUAAGAAUUUCAACCUACAAAGAGAUUCUUUACUGGUGAUAGCUUGAGGAAGGAAUCCUAUUGAUUUUGACUGUGUGUUGCUUGGUUGUCUUGUUAACCUGUCUAAGAUUUUUAGAUAAAAAACUAUAGAGUGCUUAAAAAGAAUUGAUAUGUUGGAGAGAUAUUUGUAUA